AUGUCCGGAAAACCAACCAAUAUCCCACUUAUCAUAAACGGCAAGGAAGAGACAGGGUCAGAAACCUUCGAUGUCGUCAGUCCAUACACAGGCAAAACUUGCUGGACAGCCACGUCUGCAACUCCACAAGAUGCUGUCAAGGCCGUUGAAGCCUCGCAAGCGGCCUUCCCAGCCUGGUCGCAAACAAAACCUACCGUGAGACGGGAUAUCCUGCUCAAAGCGGCCGACAUUCUCGAAAGCAGAAUGGAGGAAAACGCGGAAAUGGUGAGAACCGAAAUGGGCGCAGAUGUGGGAACUUCACAAUUCUUCAUCGUGCCAAUGAGCAUUCGUAUGCUUCGAGAUAUCGCUAGUCGCAUAACUUCUAUCUGUGGCAGUGUGCCUGUAGUUGAGCAGGAGGGCCAGAGUGCAAUUGUGUAUAAAGAACCGAUGGGUGUAAUUCUGGGGAUCGUACCUUGGAAUGCUCCAUUUGUGUUUGGCAUCCGGUCUGCGGCAUGUGCUCUCGCGGCGGGAAACACAACAAUCAUAAAGUCGUCUGAACUAUCGCCAGGUUGCUACUGGGCAAUUGGUCGAGCAUUCCAAGAAGCUGGGCUUCCUGCGGGCUGCUUGAAUGUCGUAUCAUGCAGACCGCAAGAUGCACCAGAUGUCGUUAAUGCCAUGAUUGAGCAUCCUGCGGUUCGAAAAGUUAACUUUACAGGUAGUUCAGCCGUUGGUCGAAAGAUUGCCAGAACUUGUGGUCAGAAUUUGAAACCAUGUUUGAUGGAACUCGGCGGGAAGAACAGCUCCAUUGUUUGCGCCGACGCGAAUCUCGAGGUCGCUGUGAAGGAAGUCCUCGCCGGCGCACUAUUGAACUCUGGCCAAAUCUGCAUGGCCACAGACCGGAUCGUGUUGCACUCAUCAAUUGCUUCGGAGUUCAUAGCCGCGCUCAAGAAGGCUCUUGAAUCUACCGCUAAUGAGUCUAAUUCUCUUCCAACUCUGGUGACUGCUGCCUCUAAAGCACGAGUUGAAGCUGUCAUCGAGAGUGCUAUCUCGUCUGGGGCUCACCUGAUCCAUGGAUCACUCGCUCAGAACAAAGAUGGAGAUUCCAGCGUCCGUAUGGCUCCAAUCAUACUUGGUGGAGCGAAGGAAGGCAUGACAUUGUGGCAGGAGGAGGCAUUUGCCCCGGUGGCAGCAUGCAUGAUUGUCAACAAAGACGAGGAGGCCGUCAAGAUUGCGAACCAGGGCGGAUAUGGACUGUCUGCUGCGAUUUUUACCGAAGACUUGCGAAAAGGCUUUGCGCUCGCAAAGAAGAUUGAAUCCGGAGCUGUGCACAUUAACAGUAUGACUGUCCAUGAUGAACCUGUGCUCCCUCAUGGAGGUGUCAAGAAUAGCGGAUGGGGCAGAUUUAACGGCAGUAUGGGAUUGGAAGAGUUCCUCGUAACGAAAACUGUGACGUGGAAGGACUAA